AAGGAAAGCAUCUCAUCCCGUUCCUCCCCGUGUGAAUUCGAUGCCCGGUAAUGAUCAGCAUCUUGUCCCCCAAAUUGAACGUGGACAGAAACUUUUUGACAAAUCAAGCCAAGUCCGACGAACGAGUCAGCUGAGCAACGUCAUCAAGAUUCGAACGGGGACACCAGGCCAGUCAAAGGUUGAAAAUUCAACGGUCAACGAAACGCAGUCCUUCGCUUGCUUCUUAGUAGUCUCAGUUGGCAAGCAAAGCAACCAGCCUCCCUUAUAUAUUCACUCUCCCCGCCCGUGGUUUCUCCAAGAAUAUUUGCUCUCCGUAGUCCAAACUCAUCGUCGUCUCCCGUCAUCGCUCGGUAGUUUCAGUCCUGCAACCUCAUCGCUUCGCUCGUCCUCACCGCCCAGAACCUUGAAUUCGAGUCAUUUUACCCUCUGUUUCGAGCGCUUCACCGUCGUUUCUCCCCUCCAAUUCUUGAUCCCGAAAGCUCCAAUCUCUCUCGCCGGAACUCUGUCUUGCACGAGGAGCGCGACCAUGAAGACCAAGACGCACGGCCACAGCCGGUUCGUGAAGAUCAUGAUGAUCCCUCUCAGGGUCCUGUCCAAGGCCCGCGACCUGUACGUCCGGGGCUUGAACUACGCGGACAGCGUCGGCGGUGGGUACGGCAACGUCGGGUGCCCGGCCGGGCAGUUCUCCGCCAUGCCCCGGAGCGUCAGCGUGAGCACGUCGAGGUCGUCCGGCGGGGCCGACGAUCUCGGGGAGCUGAUACGCGCUGCCUCCGCGAGGAGCUUCGGGAACAAAAUCGACGUGGACGCGAUCCUGCGGCAGCAGCAGCAGCAGCAGCAGCAGCGGCAGCGGCACUUGAAGCAGCGGCCGUCGUCGGACUGGGGUCCGAAGGUGUUGCCCAAGAGUAGCAGCGUCGCGAUGGGGCGGAUCGACGAGGAGGAACCUUGCGAGUUCGGGGUCGACGACGACGUGAAGAAGGUCGAUUUGCCGUUUCCGAGAAGCAGAAGCUAUGCCGUCGGAAACAGAAAUCACGCGCAAUGAGGAGAUGCUGCAUCGUAAUUCAUCAAGAACCAUGAUCAUGGGAAGAACCGGAAAAAGGGAACGAAAUAAGAUGACUUUGUCGUUUGAUCUUGAUCUGCACUACUGUUCGGAAGUGGGUUUUUGAGAGGCAGUGUGUUCGAUUUAAAUUGACGCUUCUCAUCUUUGGCGUCCGUGUACAAAGGUCCCUACUUUUCUGUUUAAUCUUAAGAAAAACUUGUGUAUGUUUGCUGCAAACUUCUCGGAAUGCAACUCUGCGAUUAUCUGGGUCAGGUUAAAAUUUC